AUGGUAUCUUUACAAAGUUAUCAUCAAAGGCUUGUCUAUCUAAUUACGUAUAGCAGAGCUGAUAUCGCGAAAUUUCCUACAAAGCAGCAAUUUGCAGAUGCGGUACUGGAAGCGUGGAAAAGUUGUGGGAUAACAAUAUCGCACUGGGUAGUUUCCAUCGAGGGUCACGCUGUCACCGAUAGUAACGAUGAUAUGAACAUGUAUCAUUAUCAUAUGGCUUUGAAAUUGGCAAGACGAGGAAGAUGGCUGCAAGUAAGAAGGUUUCUGGACGAAACCUAUGCUAUACAGGUACAUUUUAGCGACAAUCACAAUACCUAUUAUAGCGCGUAUAAAUACGUAACAAAAGAAGACAACGAAUGUCUGCAUUCUGAACAACAUCCAGACUUGUCUUCUCCCCCUAAAACGGAGCAAGCAUUGGCAAGUAAGAAAAGAAAAGCUAGGGAAAAGAAUUCAACCCGUCAAAGAAAGGCCCGCAAAGAGAAAUGCUUGACUGUAUACAAAGAAAAUAACCACGAGGUUGCAGCUGGUGUGCCUUGCAGUGGAGCAAAACCGAGAAGUCAAAAGUGCGUUGGCAGGAUUCAUAGCUAA